CGGUGACUUGCCCGAAAGUCAUUAGCUUUUUCCCGGUCCUCUCUCAUCCCACUGAUUCCGCAAACCCUAACUCUCUGAUUCGGUGUUGCCUGCGGGUUCUCGAUACAAGGGUUUCGGUACCAUGAUGUUGCGAGCUGUGGUGAGGAGAGCUGCGAGGAGAGGCUCUUCUGCUUCGGCAUUCGGGAAGUCAUUGCAAUCUCUUCGUGCCGCCUCUUCUGCCUCGAGCUUUCAUUCUGUUUCGGCAAUUGAGACACCGUUGCAUCGUGGUCGUGGAGGCUAUGCUCAUAGUUUUCAUCACCUUGCUGUGCCAGGCGGUUCAGACAGCUUGAGUGUAUUCAGCAGUUGCCGAGAUGUUUCCCUCAAUAGACGGGUCAGGGAUUUUUCAUCUGGAAGCGGCGAUUCAGUGGAAGCUGUGGUACCUCACAUGGGUGAAUCUAUCACCGAUGGCACCCUAGCCAACUUUCUGAAGAAACCGGGCGAUAGGGUAGAGGCUGAUGAGCCUAUUGCACAAGUCGAAACGGAUAAGGUGACCAUAGAUAUCGUUAGCCCUGCACCUGGUGUUAUCCAAGAGUUUGUAGUGAAGGAAGGAGAUACUGUAGAACCAGGAACAAAGGUUGCUAUUAUUUCGGAGUCCGGGGAAGCUGUGUCUCAUGUUGCCCCCUCUGAAACGAUACAAAAGAAAACAGCUCCCGAGUCAUCUCCUAUUCCGCAAAAGACCGACGAUAAGCGGAAAGUUGAAAGUGCUCCUGUCCAAGAGAAGCCCAAAGCACCUAAACAGUCUGCUAAAGAACCUCAGCUGCCUCCUAAGGAGAGGGAGAGACGGGUUCCUAUGACUAGACUUCGGAAGCGGGUUGCAACGAGACUGAAAGACUCUCAGAACACUUUCGCAAUGCUGACAACCUUCAACGAAGUUGACAUGACUAACUUGAUGAGCCUGCGGUCUCAGUACAAGGAUGCAUUCUACGAAAAACAUGGAGUGAAGCUGGGUCUUAUGUCGGGAUUUGUUAAAGGUGCUGUUAGCGCACUCCAGCACCAACCGGUCGUAAAUGCAGUUAUCGAUGGGGAUGAUAUCAUAUACAGAGACUACGUUGAUAUCAGUAUCGCAGUCGGUACCUCUAAGGGCCUUGUCGUUCCAGUCAUACGUGAUGCUGAUAAGAUGAACUUUGCCGAGAUAGAGAAGACGAUAAACACACUGGCUAAGAAGGCAAACGAGGGAACCAUAUCGAUAGACGAGAUGGCCGGAGGAUCAUUCACCAUCUCUAAUGGCGGUGUUUAUGGAAGUCUCUUGAGCACACCUAUCAUCAACCCUCCCCAGUCUGCUAUAUUGGGUAUGCAUUCGAUCGUGACACGUCCAAUGGUUGUGGGAGGAAGCAUAGUCCCGAGGCCGAUGAUGUACGUUUCGCUCACUUACGAUCAUAGGCUCAUCGACGGGAGAGAGGCCGUCUAUUUCCUGCGUCGGAUCAAGGACGUGGCCGAGGACCCGCAAAGGCUGCUUCUCGAUGUAUGAUAGAGCCAGCCGUUGUCGAGGCCGUCUAUUUACAGCUUCCUGGUACGACCAUAACAACAGAACUGGAAAUGUUUUUUUUCCUCAAGUUUCUUACAGUUGCAGAGUUUUUGCCGGCGGAGAAGCAUCGGUGUAACACUGUUGAGUUUAACAGAGUAUUGGCAUAAAAGUUUCAAUUUUUUUUUUACUUGGAAAAAACAACAAUAACGACACUGGUUUUGUCUUGGAUUGGAUGAUAUUAUAUUUGCAAUUCCAUUAGGUUUAAAGGGCA